AUGGAAAUAUUCACGUCGGCGUGGGCCCGGGUGGGCGCUCCUUCCCCAGCCGAGCUCGUCAGGCCUCGUCCCCCCGCCGUCCCUGGAGCCCCCCCGGCGCUCAGCCAUGUCCGCCCGCUGCGCCCGCUCCAGGCGCUGCCGGCAGCCGUGUGCCAGCGCUGCCGGGGGCCACGAGCCUGCGCAUGCUGCCAGAGAACCGGGAUGUCCUGCGGCUCCCCCGGCUCCCCACAGUGUGCGGGAAGAGCUGGGCAGGUGUGCGGAGGAGGAGGAGGAGGGCAGCUCACCGCAGUGGGAGCUGGGGCCAGGCUCGAUGGGGGUGGUGUGGUGGGAGCACCCGCAAAGAAACCAGGGUUAAAUGCGAAUGUGUGGCUUCAUUCCUGGGGCAGCAGCUGCCGAGAGCUGAUGGUGAAGCUGACGGAGGGGCAGUACGUGCUGUGCCGCUGGACCGAUGGGCUCUAUUACCUCGGAAAGAUCAAAAGGGUGAGCGGCUCCAAGCAGAGCUGCCUCGUCACGUUUGAGGACAACUCCAAGUACUGGGUCCUCUGGAAGGACAUCCAGCAUGCUGGAGUCCCCGGGGAGGAGCCCAAAUGCAACGUCUGCCUGGGAAAGACGUCGGGCCCCAUGAACGAAAUCCUCAUCUGCGGGAAGUGCGGGCUGGGUUAUCACCAGCAGUGCCACAUCCCGGUGGCGAGUGGCAGCGAGGGCCCGCUGGGGACGCCGUGGUUCUGCCGCCGCUGCAUAUUUGCCCUGGCGUGGUACCUGAAGAUGCUGCAGUGCUACCGCUGCCGGCAGUGGUUCCACGAAGCCUGCACCCAGUGCCUCAGCGACCCCAUGAUGUUUGGAGACCGGUUCUAUGUGUUUUUCUGCUCCGUCUGCAACCAGGGACCCGAAUACAUCAAACGCCUCCCCUUGCGAUGGGUGGAUGUCGUCCAUCUCGCCCUCUACAACCUGGGCGUGCAGAGCAAGAAGAAGUACUUUGACUUCGAGGAGAUCUUGGCCUUCGUGAACCACCACUGGGAUCUGCUGCAGCUUGGGAAGCUGACGGGCACCCCCAUCUCCGAGCGGGGCCCCCACCUCCUCAACGCACUCAACAGCUAUAAAAGCAGGUUUCUGUGUGGGAAGGAAAUCAAAAAGAAGAAAUGCAUCUUUCGCCUGCGGAUCCGCGUCCCGCCGAACCCCCCCAGCAAGGUGCUGCCAGAGAAAGCCCCCGGCGGGGGCGAGAGCAGCUCCUGCGAGCUGAAGAAGAGGGGAAAAAGCAAAUACGUCCAUAAAGACAGAGCCCCCAUCCCUCACCCCGGGGUUUGCAAAUGUUCUGUGCCAAACCUGCGUCCCGGGGGCUGCGGGACCACGGGAGGGAGCGCAGUGGUGCCGGGGCAGCGGGUGCCGAUGGCGGGGCCGCAGGCAGCACCGCUCCGCUCGGCAGUGACGAGUGCCCUUGUUUUCAUGGGACAGAGCGACUUCACCUCCGCCUGGAGCACCAACCACCACCUGGCCAGCAUCUUUGACUUCACACUGGAUGAAAUUCAGAGCCUGAAAAGUGCCAGCUCGGGACAGACUUUCCUAUCGGACGUGGACUCCACGGAUGCCGCCAGCACCUCGGGCUCGGCCACCACGAGCCUCUCCUAUGAGUCCAGCCGGAGGACCGUGGGCAGCCGCAAGCGCAAGUUGGCAGCACCAGCCUACGCCUCGGCGGGGGCGAAGAGGAGAGGUGGGCAGGCGGGCGGGCGCCCAGCCGGGGGUACCCCCGAGGGCAGCGAGGCAGCCUGCGGCCCCGACCGCCCGGACGACGGCAUCGACAGCCAUACCUUCGAGAGCAUCAGCGAGGACGACUCCUCGCUCUCCCACCUCAAGUCCUCCAUCAGCAGCUACUUCGGGGCGGCGGGCAGGCUGGUCUGCGGCGAGAAGUACCAGGUGCUGGCGCGGCGGGUGACGCUGGAGGGGAAGGUGCAGUACCUGGUGGAGUGGGAAGGCACGACCCCCUACUGA